GGUCCAUGUCCUGUUGAAGAGAUGGAAAUCAUUCUAUCUGAGCUAGAAGCCAAAAAUGAAGAAUUAGCUGCAUAUACUGAUGAUGUAUCACAACUUCCAGCAGCUUCAUCAGAAGAAUCAGUUUCCCUAGUUACUGAAAUUACGGUUGUUUACUUUGUCUGCGUGAGCGUUCAAACUGAGUACGUUGUAAUCUUUUCGGAAGUCUCUGAAGUAUUCAGGAGUGAAGAGACAAGUACUACAGGAACUUCAGAAGAAUCGACUACAUCAUCUGCAAUAACAACUCCCGUGAUCUCGUGUUAUGAACGUUUCUUGAGAGUGGAAGCCGCCGUCAACAGUUCUUUGACUGAAGCUAUAAGUAUUAUGUCAGGCAUCAUUAGCAAUCCCGAAAAUGCCAGCAUUUCUGAUUUAGUCAUACAGAACGCGACCCGAUCUGUAGAAGACUUCGAAUCCACAUUCCGGAUAUUCUUCCAUUUCCUCUCUAUGACAAGCACGAACUCCUCAGGCGGGUGCCCCCUGGAGGAGCUAGAGCAGAAGGCACAGGAUCUCGAAGCCAAGACGGAAGGGUUGAAAGUCGACGCGGCAAUUCUGCUGCACUUCUCUCCAGAUUCGGUGCUGUAUCCAAACCUCGUCCUCACCAUAGAGAACAUUUAUCUCGGAUUGGAGGAAGACUUACCGAAACUAUGGGAAGGAAUGGAGGAGUUGGAACAAACUAUCACUGUGGUUCAGAUGAGUGUACAAUAGCCUAGAUUUUAACCGAUAUGGCCAUUAGUGCAAGGAUUCAAACGAAUUCCCCUUGAACAUAGUGUUAAACCAUACCAAACAAUUGAUCGCUGUUGUUUUCUCUGCCUUUACUUUAUUUGACAGUCUACUUAGUUGCUGUUCUUUUUAAUACAUCUACAGUAAAUGCUUUAAACAUGUAUCAGGACAUUAGAUUGUUUUUAUAAUUUAUCCAUUAUAAAGAGAAUGGAAACAAAAGUAAAGGAUGUUGUAUUCUGGGCUUGUAUCCCCCUAUUUUUGAUUCAAGAAUUUCAUGAUAGUAACUUUGAAACAUCAAUAAAAUUCUAUUCACCCA